UCGCCAUCGCCUCUCUUCUCGGUAGGGUUCUUUGGUUCUGCUUCCGGGAGAAAGGAGAAGGAUUCAUGGCGGGCAAUGGGUUGAAGUGGGACGGAUUGCUCAAGUGAAGCCUCUCCCACGCCGAUGGGACUCGCGCUGCUCGGAUAUUGAGAUAUUGCUUCGGACCCUUUGCUUACGGUUGAUCGUUCUUCUUCCAGUUGAUUGAGAUUUGCAGGGUUGGGAUCGAAGUUCCCAAUUUCCGAGGUCAGUGAGGAGGAUAGGAAAUGGCUCGUGGAAGCGAUGCAAGCUGAUGAAGGAGGAUGUUCUGGAGCUGCAAGGGAUCGAGUCGCCGGAUGUAGUAGACUUGCACUCAAUCGGCAGCUUAGUCCCUCUGUUUGGUUACCUGAAAACCUCCGAUGCUGGUAUUGGAGCAAAGGAUGCAGAUGUUGUAACUACCAUUGUGCAAAACAAUCCUCGAAGUCAGCAACUUGUAAUGGAAUCUCUCCUGUCAAAUUUUACAUCACAUCCUGAUUUAACAGUUCACACAGAAGCUCUUGGUGUGAUAUCCUCUUUGAUUCAGAAUAACCAGGCAGGAAUUGCUGCAUUCGAUCUAGUGAAUGGUUAUGCGGUGCUCGGAUAUGCAUUGUGUUCAGAGAGAGAGGGUGCUUAACUUGGUGCAAUCCUUGCUGCUUCAGGAGAACAAUUCAGAUUGCAGCAUUGUGGUUUCCUCGGCUCAUGUGCGAGAAGCAGUUGUAGGGUGUCAUCUAGAGUUUGCUGGGGACAGGAUG